GGCGACGCCAUGGCCCGGCUGGUGCUGCAGGACGGGUCGGUGCUGCCCGGCCGCCCCUUCGGGGCCGUCGGGGCCGCCGCCGCGGGGGAAGUCGUGUUCCAGACCGGCAUGGUGGGGUACCCCGAGGCCCUCACCGACCCCUCCUACAAGGCGCAGAUCCUGGUGCUUACCUACCCGCUGGUCGGUAACUACGGAGUGCCCCGGGACGAGCACGACGCCUUCGGCCUCAGCAGGUGGUUUGAGUCCAGCAAGAUCCAUGUGGCCGCGCUGGUGGUGGGAGAGUGCUCGGAGACCCCCAGCCACUGGAGUGCAUCCCGCUCCCUGGACCAGUGGCUGAAGGAGCAGAACAUCCCUGGGCUAGAAGGGGUGGACACCCGGGCACUGACGAAGAAGAUCCGCGAGAAGGGGACGCUGCUGGGGAAGCUGGUGCCGGAUGGAACCCCCGAGGGGAGCCUCUCCUUUGAGGACCCCAACAAGAGGCACCUGGUGCAGGAGGUGUCGCUGAAGGCGCCACGAGUGUUCAACCCGGGCGGGUCGCUGCGAGUCACGGCCCUCGACUGCGGGCUCAAGAACAACCAGAUACGGUGCCUGUGCAGGCGAGGAGCCACUGUCACUGUGGUGCCCUGGGACCACCCGCUGGACCCUGCAGAUUUUGACGGGCUGUUCAUCAGCAAUGGCCCUGGGGACCCGCGGCUCUGCCAGGAGACAGUGUCCAACCUGUGCCGGGUGCUGGAUGCGCCCCAGCCCAAGCCCGUUUUCGGGAUCUGCCUGGGACACCAGCUGCUCGCGCUGGCCCUUGGCGCCAGCACCUACAAGAUGAAGUACGGGAACCGCGGGCACAACCAGCCCUGCCUGCACGAGGACACGCGGCGCUGCUUCAUCACGGCGCAGAACCACGGCUUUGCGGUGGAGGCGGGCAGCCUCCCGCCCGGCUGGGCGCCGCUCUUCACCAACGCCAACGACGGCUCCAACGAGGGCCUCGUCCACCAGCAGAAGCCCUUCUUCAGUGUCCAGUUCCACCCCGAGCACUGCGCCGGCCCCACGGACCUGGAGGGUCUCUUCGAUGUCUUCAUGGAGGCGGCACGAGACGCGCGGGACGGGCACGGCAAUGCCCGGACAGUGCGGGAGCGCCUGCAGGAGUGGCUGACCUACACCAAGGCACCGGCGGGGGACGCGGACGCAGCCCGGCCCCGCAAGGUGCUGAUCCUGGGCUCCGGUGGCCUUUCCAUUGGGCAGGCAGGCGAGUUCGAUUACUCGGGGUCACAGGCCAUCAAAGCACUGAAGGAGGAGAACAUCCAGACGGUGCUGAUCAACCCCAACAUCGCCACAGUCCAGACCUCCAAGGGACUGGCGGACAAGGUGUACUUCCUGCCCAUCACCCCCGAGUACGUCACCCAGGUGAUCCGGAACGAGCGGCCUGAUGGGGUGCUGCUGACCUUUGGGGGGCAGACGGCCCUCAACUGUGGCGUGGAGCUGACCAAGGCGGGUGUUCUGGAGCGUUACCACGUGCGGGUGCUGGGCACCCCCGUUGCCUCCAUUGAGAUGACGGAGGAUCGCAAGGUCUUCGUGGAGAAGAUGGAGGAGAUCGGGGAGCACGUGGCGCCCAGCGAGGCUGCUGCCUCCCUGGAGCAGGCGCAGGCCGCAGCCGAGCGGUUGGGGUACCCGGUGCUGGUGCGCUCCGCCUACGCCCUCGGGGGGCUGGGCUCCGGCUUCGCCAACAGCCGGGAGGAGCUGGUGGCUCUGGUGAGCCAGGCCUUCACCCACACCUCCCAGGUGCUGGUGGACAAGUCCCUGAAAGGCUGGAAGGAGAUCGAGUACGAGGUGGUGCGGGACGCCUACAACAACUGCAUCACGGUGUGCAACAUGGAGAACCUGGACCCGCUCGGGAUCCACACAGGCGAGUCCAUUGUGGUGGCGCCCAGUCAGACCCUCAAUGACACCGAGUACUUCAUGCUGAGGCGCACGGCCAUCAAGGUGGUGCAGCACCUGGGCAUCGUGGGCGAGUGCAACAUCCAGUUUGCCCUCAACCCCGAGUCAGAGCAGUACUACAUCAUCGAGAUGAACGCCCGCCUCUCCCGCAGCUCGGCCCUGGCCAGCAAGGCCACUGGAUACCCGCUGGCCUACGUGGCUGCCAAACUUGCCCUGGGCAUCCCCCUGCCCCUCCUCAGGAACUCCGUCACCAACUCCACCACGGCCAGCUUUGAGCCCAGCCUGGACUACUGCGUGGUGAAGAUCCCGCGCUGGGACCUCAGCAAGUUCCUGCGCGUCAGCACCAAGAUCGGCAGCUCCAUGAAGAGCGUGGGGGAGGUCAUGGCCAUUGGGAGGAACUUUGAGGAGGCGUUCCAGAAAGCUCUGAGGAUGGUGGACGAGAACUGCGUGGGCUUUGAUCAUACAGUGAAGCCGGCCUCAGACAUGGUGAGCACUGGGGUUUGGGUGUCUGCUCUGGCUGUGCCGCUCUCGGGGGAGAGGUGGGCACCUGCCUCCCUGGGCCACGCUCAACCCCCGGCCUGGCAGGAGCUGGAGACGCCAACGGACAAGCGAAUCUUCGUGCUGGCGGCGGCGCUGCGGGCCGGCUACUCCAUCGAGCGGCUCUACGAGCUGACCAAGAUUGACCGCUGGUUCCUGCACAAGAUGAAGAACAUCACGGACCACGCGCUGCUGCUGGAGUCGUACCGCGGUGAGCAGGGCACCAUGCCGCCCGCCGUGCUCAAGCGCGCCAAGCAGCUCGGCUUCUCCGAUAAGCAGGUGGCCCUGGCCGUGCUCAGCACCGAGCUGGCCGUGCGGAAGAUGCGGCGCGACCUGAAGAUUCUGCCGGUGGUGAAGCAGAUCGACACGGUGGCAGCAGAGUGGCCGGCCCAAACCAACUACCUGUACCUGACCUACAAUGGUUCUGAGCACGACCUGGCCUUCCGUGAGCCCCACGUCAUGGUCAUUGGCUCCGGCGUCUACCGCAUCGGCAGCAGCGUCGAGUUUGACUGGUGUGCUGUUGGCUGCAUCCAGGAGCUCCGCAAGAUGGGCUUCAAGACAAUCAUGGUGAACUACAACCCUGAGACAGUGAGCACUGAUUAUGACAUGUGCGAUCGCCUCUACUUCGAUGAGAUUUCCUUUGAGGUGGUGAUGGACAUCUACGAGCUGGAGAACCCUGAGGGUGUGAUCCUGUCCAUGGGCGGGCAGCUGCCCAAUAACAUCGCCAUGGCCCUGCACCGGCAGCAGUGCCGCAUCCUGGGCACCUCCCCGGAGGCCAUAGACUCCGCCGAGAACCGCUUCAAGUUCUCGCGCCUGCUCGACUCCAUCGGCAUCAGCCAGCCCCUCUGGAAGGAGCUCUCCAACAUGGAGUCGGCCAAGCGCUUCUGCUGCAAGGUGGGCUACCCGUGCGUCGUGCGCCCUUCCUACGUGCUGAGCGGCGCUGCCAUGAACGUGGCCUACUCGGACAGCGAUUUGGAGAAGUUCCUGAGCAACGCCGUGGCUGUGUCCAAGGAGCAGCCUGUUGUUAUUUCCAAGUUCAUCCAGGAGGCCAAGGAGAUUGACGUGGACGCGGUGGCCUGUGACGGUGUGGUGGUGGCCAUCGCCAUCUCGGAGCACGUGGAGAACGCUGGGGUGCACUCGGGUGAUGCCACGCUGGUGACCCCCCCGCAGGACAUCACCUCCAAGACACUGGAACGCAUCAAGGCCAUUGUCCACGCCAUCGGGCAGGAGCUGCAGGUCACGGGGCCCUUCAACCUGCAGCUCAUCGCCAAGGAUGACCAGCUGAAGGUGAUAGAGUGCAAUGUUCGCGUCUCCCGCUCCUUCCCCUUCGUCUCCAAGACCCUGGGCGUGGACUUGGUGGCUCUGGCCAGCCAGGUGAUCAUGGGUGAGGACGUGGAGCCCGUGGGGCUGAUGACGGGCACAGGCAUCGUUGGUGUUAAGGUGCCCCAGUUCUCCUUCUCGCGCCUGGCGGGUGCCGAUGUGGUGCUGGGUGUGGAGAUGACCAGCACGGGCGAGGUUGCCUGCUUUGGGGAGAACCGCUGCGAGGCGUACCUAAAGGCCAUGCUCAGCACUGGCUUCAGGAUCCCCAAGAAGAACAUUCUGCUGACCAUCGGCAGCUACAAGAACAAGAGCGAGCUGCUGGCCACGGUGCGGACGCUGGAGAACCUUGGCUACAACCUGUACGCCAGCCUCGGCACCGCCGACUUCUACACCGAGCACGGCAUCAAGGUGAAGGCUGUGGACUGGCACUUCGAGGAGGCAGACAGCAGCGAGGCUGGUGCCCGGGAGACCCAGCGCAGCAUCCUGGACUACCUGGCCGAGAACCACUUUGAGCUGGUCAUCAACCUCUCCAUGCGCAACUCGGGGGGCCGCCGGCUCUCCUCCUUUGUCACCAAGGGGUACCGCACCCGGCGCCUGGCCGUCGACUACUCCGUGCCCCUCAUCAUCGACAUCAAGUGCACAAAGCUCUUUGUCGAGGCACUGGGCCAGAUUGGGGCAGCCCCGCCGCUGAAGAUGCACGUGGACUGCAUGACAUCCCAGAAGCUCAUCCGUCUGCCAGGCCUGAUCGAUGUCCACGUCCACCUCCGUGAGCCGGGUGGCACCCACAAGGAGGACUUUGCAUCAGGCACGGCCGCCGCCCUGGCCGGGGGUGUCACUAUGGUGUGUGCCAUGCCCAACACCAGCCCCGCUGUCACCGAUGCCACCUCUUUCGCCUUGGCACAGAAGCUGGCUGAGGCUGGGGCCCGCUGCGAUUUUGCUCUCUUCCUGGGGGCUUCCCUGGACAAUGCUGGCACUCUGGGCGCCCUGGCUGGGGCAGCCGCCGGGCUCAAGAUGUACCUGAACGACACCUUCUCCAGCCUGCGGAUGGACGACGUGUCCCUGUGGAUGGAGCACCUGGAGCAGUGGCCGCGGCACCUGCCCAUCGUGGCCCAUGCGGAGCGGCAGACGGUGGCCGCCGUGCUGAUGGUGGCCCAGCUGUACCAGCGUCCUGUCCACAUCUGCCACGUGGCCCGCAGGGAGGAGAUCCUCCUCAUCAAGGCGGCCAAGCAGAGGGGGAUCCCGGUGACGUGCGAGGUGGCCCCGCACCACCUCUUCCUGAGCCGGGACGACCUGGGGCGCCUCGGGAAGGGCCGCGCGGCCGUGCGGCCGGAGCUGGGCACCCGCCAGGACGUGGAGGCGCUCUGGGAGAACAUGGACAUCAUCGACUGCUUUGCCACUGACCACGCACCCCACACGCUGGAGGAGAAGCAGGGCCAGGAGCCGCCCCCCGGCUACCCUGGCCUGGAGACCAUGCUGCCGCUGCUGCUGACGGCCGUCUCCGAGGGGCGGCUCAGCGUGGAGGACAUCGUCCAGCGCCUCUAUGAGAACCCUCGCAAGAUCUUUGGGCUGCCGGCGCAGGAGGACACCUACGUGGAGGUGGACCUGGAGCACGAAUGGAUCAUCCCCAGCAGCACAGUCUUCUCCAAGGCCCGCUGGACCCCCUUUGAGGGCAUGCAGGUGAAGGGCACAGUGCGGAGGGUAGUCCUGCGUGGGGAGGUUGCCUACAUCGAUGGGCAGGUGCUGGUGCCCCCUGGCUAUGGACAGGAUGUGAAGAAGUGGCCCUCAGGAGCUGCACUGCUGCCCCAUGGGGCCCCCACCAAGGAGAGCGUGAAGACGCCUGAGCAGUCCCGGCACGUGGCCAGUGACGCGCUGCGUGGACGAGCCCACAGCCCCCGCCGGGCCGGCGCCGCGGGUGACGCGCGCUUCCACCUCCCGCCCUGCAUCCACCGGGCCUCCGACCCCGGGCUGCCAGCCGAGGACGCUCGUGAGAAGGGCAGCAGGAAGGCAGCAGAACCAGAUUCAGCGCCAGUCCAGGACAGCCACUUCUACCCGCUGGGCCCAGUCCCGCGCCAGGCGUCCCCUCAGCGCGCCCCCCACCUCCAGACCUCGCUGCCGCCGCACCCCCUUGUCGGGCAGCACGUGCUCUCUGUGCGGCAGUUCUCCAAGGACCAGCUGUCCCACCUGUUCAACGUGGCGCACACCCUGCGCUUACUGGUGCAGAAGGAGCGCAGCCUGGACGUCCUCAAGGGGAAGGUGAUGGCCACCAUGUUCUACGAGGUGAGCACGCGGACCAGCAGCUCCUUUGCAGCAGCCAUGAGCCGGCUGGGCGGCUCCGUCCUGUCCUUCUCUGAGGCCACCUCCUCGGUGCAGAAGGGCGAGUCGCUGGCCGACUCCGUGCAGACCAUGUGCUGCUACGCCGACGUGCUGGUGCUGCGGCACCCCCAGCCUGGCGCCGUCGAGCUGGCCGCCAGGCACUGCCGCAAGCCGGUGAUCAACGCCGGGGACGGCGUGGGGGAACACCCCACGCAGGCGCUGCUGGACAUCUUCACCAUCCGCGAGGAGCUGGGCACGGUCAAUGGGAUGACGAUCACCAUGGUGGGUGACCUGAAGCAUGGACGCACGGUGCACUCCCUGGCCCGCCUGCUCACCCAGUACCGCAUCAACCUGCGCUACGUGACCCCUCCCGGCCUCCGCAUGCCCCCCGACAUCACCAGCUUCGUGGCCUCCAAGGGCAUCCAGCAGGAGGAGUUUGGGAGCAUCGAGGAAGCGCUGCCGGACACGGAUGUGCUCUACAUGACCCGCAUCCAGAAGGAGCGCUUCCAACGGGCUGAGGAGUAUGAGGCUUGCUUCGGGCAGUUCAUCCUCACACCCCACAUCAUGACCCGAGCCAAGGAGAGGAUGGUAGUGAUGCACCCCCUGCCCCGAGUCAACGAGAUCAGCGUGGAGGUGGACUCGGACCCGCGCGCCGCGUACUUCCGGCAGGCGGAGAACGGGAUGUACGUGCGCAUGGCGCUGCUGGCCACCGUGCUGGGCCGCUACUGACCAAUAAACGCUCUCGGUCGCGACACA